AUGGUCGAACUAUGGUCGAACUAUGGUCGAACUAUGGUCGAACUAUGGUCGAACUAUGGUCGAACUAUGACUAGCCCACAAGAGCAUUCGAUCCCGACACAAGUGGCAUACGGCGACAAUUCGGCUUCCGAUAACCAUUCACCUGGGGGAAGCGGUCAGAUUAUUCCGUCGUAUAUGUCACCAGAGGCCGUUAGAGCAAGAAACAUCAUACUUUCCUGCAACCCUCCAGCAAAACAAAACAGAUACACAGCAUGGGACCAGCUUCUAACCCAUCAAAAAGCACAUAUUGACGACCUUCACCCGCCAAAAACGACAGAAACUGGAGGGUCAGUGCUCUAA